AUGAGCUCAGAAGAAUUCGAGGUAAACGAGGAAGAUGAGCUACUAAUGCACAAUUACCAGACGCUUCCGAAGAAUUGCAAGAAGUACUGGCGUAAACGAUACCAAAUUUUCUCCAAGUUCGACGAAGGCAUCUACCUUACCUCAGAACUAUGGUACUCGGUUACACCAGAAUCGGUUGCUAAGUAUACAGCACAUUUCGUCAAGAAGAACCUAAAAAAGUGCCGCUAUGUUCUAGAUGUUUGCUGUGGUGGAGGAGGUAACACCAUUCAGUUUGCUAAGGUCUGCAAAAAGGCUGUUGGUGUGGAUAUCAACCGUGCUAACAUUACCUGUUGCAUCCAGAACGCGCUGGUCUAUGGAGUGUCUGAUACUACAGAAUUCGUACAAGGCGACUGGCACUCGCUCAAAAACAAAAGUGACUGGAUCCCUUUGAAGAAGAAGAAGUUUGAUUUUGCAUUUUGCUCUCCACCUUGGGGCGGGCCGAGCUAUAACAACGAGAACUUCGAUCUCGAAGCAAUGGAACCUUUUGGGUUGAGAGAGAUUUGCUUGAGUCUUCAAAAGAUAUCCGAUAACUUUGGUCUUUUUCUACCAAGAUCACUGGAUACUAGCCAAAUCAGUGAUAUAACUCACGAGAUGUUUGGACGGAAGGGUAAAGCAAGGUUGGUGUAUGUAUAUAGCGAUGAGCAUUUGGUAGGACUACUAGCAUUUUUUGGAAAAGACUUCGAAUAA